AUGUCGACAUCUACGUACGUUCCGCGACACCUGAUUUAUAAUGGGCCCUCGCCCUACGAAAAGGGGAAAUGGGUGCCACAACGGAGGGGUGCAGUAACACCAAGAGUACCAGUUCGAAGGGAUUACAGCCAGCCUGAGAGACCCAGGGCGUCACCGAGGAGCCCGAAUGAUGCACCCCGCGCACCGAGCCAUACAACAUCGAGGCCAUACAUACAACCAGAACUCCCAGUCCCGACAUCCGAAGACAUUUUGAAUCCGAAGUUGAAGGAGGACACGAAGGGAAAGAAGUCGAAGAAGUCGAGGAAGCAGCUUCAAAACAAACCAUCGAAGGCAAACCCCACGGAACCCGAUCCUCCUUCGAAGCCAUUGCCUUCUUUCCUCUCCUUCUUCCCACGAAUCUUCUUCUGCUGCAUCUCGACUCGCCCUUCAUACACUCGAAUACAGCACCUAGUAAUCCCAACCUCGCAGGUUUGCGUCGAUACUAGAGCCUUGCGUUUCCUCCAAUCACUUCCACACCAAGAAUUCCUCCUAUUAAACUACAUCGUCCAAGAAGUAUUCACAGAAGAUGGGGUCAAGAUACUCGGAAGGAUAUCAGAUUAUGACACAUUGAUUGAAAACGCCCUGACAGGACAAAUAAGGACCGUUAAGAGACCAUGGACAGCCGGGGAACGGGAGGGAUAUGUCGAGCAUACGGCGGGAUUGUAUGCUAGAUUGCUGAGGAAGUUGGGGACGUAUGAGAAAUCACCGAUGUGCGAGAAAGUUUAUGGGAAGAAGCUUGAGGGAAGAAGGCGGUCAGUUAUUCAACCAUGA